AUAAACUGAAUCAAACCCUAACAACAUCUAAGAAUAAACCGAUGCUUAAGUAGCGCAACUUAGAAAUUUGAAACGGCAUGCAAGAAAACCAAAGCUUGUAGAAAAGAAUGCACUCUGUUUUCCGAUCACCAUAUCCAUGAACGCGCCCUCUCCAAACCUGCUUGGUUCUCUGCUGGAGUCAGCAGUUUCAACCCACUCUUCCCUGCUUGGCCGUGCGGCCCACGCGCUCAUCCUCAGAACCCAUGACACCCCUCUCUCAUCCUUCCUCUGCAACCACCUCGUCAACAUGUACUCCAAACUCGACCGUAUCAACUCAGCUGAAAUCCUUCUCUCACUCACCAACCCCCGCACCGUCGUCACCUGGACCUCUCUCAUCUCCGGCUGCGUUCACAACCGUCGUUUCACCUCCGCGCUCCUCCACUUCACUAACAUGCGCCGCGAGUCUGUUCUCCCUAACGACUUUACGUUUCCCUGCGUCUUCAAAGCUUCGGCUUCGUUGCACAUGCCCUUUACUGGAAAACAGCUUCAUGCCCUCGCCCUAAAAGGUGGAAAUAUAUUGGACGUGUUUGUGGGGUGCAGCGCCUUUGACAUGUACAGCAAAACCGGCCUUCGAGUUGAGGCUCGUAACAUGUUCGACGAAAUGCCGCACAGGAACUUGGCCACGUGGAAUGCGUAUAUUUCCAAUGCAGUUCAGGAUGGCCGGUGUUUGGAUGCAGUUUCCGCAUUUAAAAAGUUUCUUUCUGUGGGUGGAGAGCCAAAUGCGAUAACGUUUUGUGUGUUUCUCAAUGCGUGUGCUGACAUGGCGAGUUUAGAGCUCGGGAUUCAGUUACACGGAUUUAUAGUGCGGAGCCGGUACCGGGAGGAUGUUUCUGUUUCCAAUGGGCUUAUUGAUUUCUACGGAAAAUGUGGGGACAUCGUGUCAUCUGAAAUGAUUUUUAAUAGAAUUGGCAGUGGCAGGAGGAAUGUUGUUUCCUGGUGCUCUAUGCUUGCUGCUCUUGUGCAAAACCACGAGGAAGAGAGAGCGUGUAUGGUCUUCCUUAAGGCAAGGAAGGAGGUUGAGCCAACAGAUUUCAUGAUAUCGAGUGUACUCAGUGCGUGUGCGGAGCUUGGAGGGCUUGAACUGGGCAGGUCAGUUCAUGCUCUUGCUGUUAAAGCAUGUGUGGAUGAGAAUAUAUUUGUUGGGAGUGCACUUGUUUAUUUGUAUGGAAAAUGUGGAAGUAUAGAGAACGCAGAGCAAGUAUUCAGAGAAAUGCCGGAGAGGAACCUAGUCACUUGGAAUGCACUGAUAGGUGGAUAUGCACAUUUGGGCGAUGUUGACAUGGCAUUGACUUUAUUUGAGGAGAUGACACUGGGCAGCUUUGGUAUAGCACCAAGUUAUGUUACACUAGUUUCGGUAUUGUCAGCGUGUAGUAGGGCAGGGGCAGUGGAGAGAGGUUUGCAUAUAUUUGAAUCCAUGAGAGGGAGAUAUGGAAUUGAACCAGGCGCUGAGCAUUAUGCAUGUAUUGUGGACCUUCUUGGGAGGUCUGGUUUGGUUGAUCGUGCAUAUGAAUUUAUUAAAAGAAUGCCAAUUCUUCCUACUAUAUCUGUAUGGGGAGCUCUACUCGGGUCUUGUAAGAUGCAUGGGAAAACAAAGUUGGGGAAAAUUGCAGCUGAAAAAUUAUUCCAGCUAGAUCCUGAUGACUCUGGCAACCAUGUAGUGUUUUCCAACAUGCUUGCAUCUGCUGGCAGAUGGGAAGAAGCCACUAUUGUCAGGAAGGAAAUGAGAGAUAUUGGUAUUAAAAAAAAUGUUGGUUAUAGUUGGGUUGCUGUAAAGAAUAGAGUCCAUGUUUUCCAAGCAAAGGAUAGUUCUCAUGAAAAGAACUCCGAAAUUCAGGCAAUGCUAGCUAAGCUCAGAGUGGAGAUGAAGAAAACUGGGUAUGUUCCUGAUACCAACCUAUCACUCUUCGAUUUAGAAGAAGAAGAAAAGGCUUCAGAAGUAUGGUACCACAGUGAGAAGAUUGCUCUAGCAUUUGGCCUCAUAGCUCUCCCUCAUGGAGUGCCCAUACGUGUUACAAAAAAUCUUAGGAUUUGUGGAGAUUGUCAUAGUGCCAUCAAGUUCAUCUCAAAAAUUGUUGGAAGAGAAAUUAUCGUGAGAGAUAAUAAUCGUUUUCAUCACUUUAAGGAUGGUUGGUGUUCUUGUAAAGAUUAUUGGUAAUAGUUCCACACUCCCAUUAUUUUAUCCGUUUCAUAUUCGUGAAAGAAUAUUUUUUAAACAAUACAUCAGGUUCUCUUUACCCAUGAUGAUAGUGAAGGCCAAUAAUUGUAGCAUUCUCCAAGUGUGUCCAUUCUGCACAGGUGCUCAUUCAGGGUGUUUACUUGGUAGAGUUUGACAAGGGAUUCUGCAGGGUGAUUUAUGUAUGGGACAGGCUGAUUUGAUUUUGGUAUGUGCUCUGCUGUAGUUGAUAUACCUUCUGCCUUGGAUGGGGGCAUUACAUAUUUUUUGGUGGUUGAAGUGGGAAACAGACAAUUUUAUCCGAUUGUUACCAAUGUUGCUAUAAAUUUAGUGACUCGGUUUAUAAUUUGGUGUGGUUCGGGGCACACCUUAAUUUAGGGGCUGAAGUGUGGCUGUGAGUGGAUUGUAGGGUGUUCAACAUCUGAUGAGGUCACAACAAGGUGUUUCCAUACAAGCAUGGGAAAUGCGUAGAAAGUGUUGUAUGGGAAACAUUGCAGCUGCUGCUCCAGAGCCUAAAAAGGAAAUAUGAAUAAUGGAAGAAGAUGGACAACCAAGGAGGAAAAGGAUAUAUGAAUAAUGGAAGAAGAUGGACAACCAAGGAGGAAAAGGAUAUAUGAAUAAUGGAAGAAGAUGGAUAACCAAGGAGGAGAGUGAAUGUAUUCGGAUAAACCCUAAUAGCCCCAAAAGUCUUUAAGGUGUCUUCCACACUUCUGAAAAUCCCAAAAGACUCUUUUUCACAGAGAAACAAGGAAAAUAAGUCAAAUGUGUCAUGUCAGCAAAAGUGGUGACGCCCAACGCCACACGUUAUGUGCACUCAGACGGAAGAAACUAGCUCUCUGUCCAGCUGGCAGUCAGCUUAGAUCACCAUUGGGAGGUGGCACCCGGCUUGAGGUAAGUGGCGGCCAGCCUUGAGACAAAUUUCCUGUCUGCCUUCAUGGUGCUAAGCUCGGUUCAAGUAGCGCCUAACAUUGGUAAUCUUUUGGAAAUCCUAAAUUUGACCUUCUAUCUCUACUUUGAUGGAUUUCAAUCUUGCUUCACUUUAUGUAAAGUGACUAAUAAUAAUGGUGAAAAUUAACAUUAUCAACGGUGAAGUCACUUCAUACCAAACUAUUAAAGAGAAAACUAUAUCGAAUGAGUGAGUCAUCAACAAUUUGAAUACGUUGUUAUUCUAUCAUAUUGAAAUUGAAUGUUGAACAUAUAUAGUAUUUAAAUUGUUGUUCUACCAUAUUGAAAUUGAAUGUUGAACAUAUAUAGUAUUUAAAUUGUUGAUGUAAUGUAUCAUCGAUGUGUACAUUCAAAGAAUAUAAAGUUUAAUCUUUAAGAAUAUUUUGGUCCACAUUUGUAGAGUGUGAAGUUUUCUCUAUAAAAAUCUAGUAUGAAGUGAUUUGGUAUUGUACAAUUUGAUAACAUCCCAACUCUCUGUUGUAGUCUUCUUCUAUGUAACGAUAGAUAAAAUUGGCUGCAACGUUCUCGUCUAUCUUUAACCACUUUCCA